AUGGCACGCCUAUUGUCAUGCUACAUCUUUGUGCUUGGGGGUCUCUUCCUGAGCGCACUGUCUGCCUCGGCAGAUGGAGCCGCGGCUCAGGAGUUGGCAUACCCCAAGCAGAAAGGUUCCAAUUAUGACUACACUGGAUUCGAAUCCAACCAGACCGCCCGCGCGCAGGCCGUGGUUGAGAUGUUUCGGUACGCCUGGAACGCCUACCACGCGCACGCGUUCCCGCACGAUUCGCUGAUACCGCUGUACUCCAACUACACGGACGACCGUGGCGGUUGGGGCGUGACGGCGGUGGACGGGCUCGACACGGCCAUCAUCAUGGAGCAGACCGAUAUUGUCAACACCAUCCUGGACUACAUCCCCAGCAUAAACUUUGCCAAGACCAACACGCCAAAGCCUUCGAAAGUCAGUCUUUUCGAGACAAACAUCCGCUACCUCGGGGGCAUGCUUUCGGCAUACGACCUGCUAAAGGGCCCGUUCAGCCACUUGAAAGUAAACCCCCAAAACGUGGAUGCGCUGCUUCGCCAGGCCAAAAGUCUAGCCGACACGCUCAAGUUCGCCUUUAACACCAAGACCGGAAUCCCCGUGGGUCAACUCUUCAUCGAGAACCAGACUUUUACCGGCGACAACAAGCUGGACAACGGCGUGGAGUCGGCCAGCUUGGCCGAGAUGGGCACGCUCGUGCUGGAAUGGCAGCACCUGUCUGACCUGACGGGCGACCCGCAGUACGGCAAGCUGGCGCAAAAGGCCGAGAGCUACUUUCUCAAGCCUUCAUCCGAAGUUUGGCCCGGACUCACCGGCGGACUCUUCAACUGCGACACGGGCGAGAUCCUAGACCGGUACGGCGGUUUCACGUCGGGCAACGACUCGGCGUACGAGUACCUGGUCAAGAUGUACGUGUACGACCCGGAAAAGUACGCCAACUACGGGGAGCGGUUCGCAAAGGCCGCCGACUCGGCCAUCGCGCACCUCCUCUCGCACCCAUCAUCCCGCCCUGACCUGACCAUGGUGACCACCUUUGACGGCACGCGGCAGGUCAACUACACCGAGUCGCUGGCCUGCUUCAUCGGCGGGUCCUUCAUCCUGGGCAGCACGGCGCUGAAGCGACCGGACUGGCUUCAGCACGGGCUCGACUUUAGCGAGUACUGCGCCAACGGGUACCGGCAGACGGCGUCGGGGAUCGGUCCCGCCCUCUACAGCUGGGACCUGCAGGACCUCAAGACCAACCGCGCCGUCGCCAACCAGACCGGCUUCUACGGCAAGGCGGGCUUCUUCCUGCAGGACGGGUACAGGAUCGCCGGCCAGGCGCCCGAGGCCGUCGAGAGCUGGUACUACGCCUACCAGUGGACCGGCGACAGGUACUGGCGGGAUGUGGCGUGGGCCGCCACCCUCGCGCAGAACCGGACCAUGCGCGUCCCCGGCGGCAAGGGGUUUGGGUACAUCAGGGAUGUACUCAAGGAGGACGGCGGUGGUGUCAUCGGCAGCAUCAUGCAGAGCUUCAUGCUGGCGGAGACGCUCAAGUAUCAGUAUCUGAUCCAGACGGAGAAGAAGGGGGAGUGGGAUGUCGGGUCAACCAGUAGGCCCGGUGGCGGCGAUAACAAGAACUUCUUUGUAUAUAAUACCGAGGCGCAUCCGUUGAGGGUCAUGGCCAAAACGCCUGUGUAG